CGCCCGGCAGUCAGUCACCGGCCGACCGUGUUGCGAUGACGAGACCGCCGCGUCAGCGGAGCUCGCCACGCGCCGCCCGGCAUUAGCGCGGACCGCCGCCGCACGCGCCGCGCGGUCGCCAUGUGGUCGCCGGCCACCGUACGCCUGUUGGUGUUCAUCGGCUUUUACGUGUCGUUCUUGGCGAUCGGAGCGUUCGUGUUCUCUGCCAUCGAGGCGCCGGAGGAAGCGGCCCGAGUCAGGGAACUCAAGGACCUCCGGCAAGAGUUUCUCGACGGGCACACGUGUGUCAGAGAUGAUUCAAUGGAGAAUUUUAUAAAAGAAGUUUUAUCUGCUAGUAACAGAGGUGUUUCAGCAGCUAAAAAUGUUUCAGGAGAACCAAACUGGAGUUUUGGCCAAUCUUUAUUUUUUGCUUGUACCGUAAUAACAACUAUAGGUUAUGGCCAUGUUACUCCGCUAUCUCAAGAAGGAAAAUUGUUCUGUAUGCUCUACGCACUUUUUGGUAUACCCUUGACACUAGUACUAUUGACUGCACUGGUCGACCGGUUGAUGAUACCCACGACAAAGUAUCUACACUUUCUCAACAGCCGCCUUGGACAUUUAUAUCCACCAUUCACUAUUCGGUUAUUACACUUUGGCACCAUACUCUGCACACUGAUAUUUCUGUUUUUACUGCUGCCUGCGGCAAUGUUCACACACUUGGAACCCGAAUGGAACUAUAUGGAUUCAUUGUAUUAUUGUUUUAUAUCACUCACUACUAUUGGUCUUGGAGACUACAUUCCGGGCGACGCGCCAGAUCAAAAGUACAGACCGCUCUACAAACUAAUGAUAACCGGCUAUUUGGUUGUGGGACUUGUAUGUGUGAUGCUAACAUUGUCUAUUUACUACGACAUUCGACAAUUAAACUUUGGCGUGCUUUUUAUGUUGGAAAACGACGAAACCCGUUCCAUUGAUCCAGAAAAAAUGCAUUUACAAGAACCUGGAACAAACAGGACCAAGUAUACAAAUGAAAAAGAUUCACCCACAAGCUUGGAGGAUACCACUCCAAUACACAGCAUCCCUUAAAAUUAGGUUGAAAUAAUAAUUAUAACCAACGAUUUCUGCUGUAUACAGUGAUGACAAUUACCUAAAUUCGACCAAAACCAAAAUCUCUAUCCUAAAACUAAUUAUUAUAAUAAUUAUUAAUUAUAUUAUAUUAAUAUAUUAUUAUUGUUAUUACCUUUAGAUUAUAAAUUAAUAGAUUAUAAAAGAUAUAUCGUUAUUUAUAUUAUUGAUUUUACUGAACGAAACAAAUUAUUAAUCCAGCCACAAGAUAAUAUUUAAAAAUGUAAUUAUACUUUGAAUAGUUUGAAAAGACAAUACCAUUAAAUUAGUUAAGAAUUAUAUAAUCUAAUUAGAUAAAUAAAAAUAUAUAAUAAAACGAAGACUUCAAAAGGUAAAAGUUUUAUUUUUCUUCGUAUCUAUAAUUUAAUAUAACUAUAUUGAUUUCAUAAUCUACUAUGAAAAUAGCAUUAUUAUAAAAUGUCGUGUAUUUUAAAUGAGUAAGUAUUCUCAUAACACUUAUUUUUCCAUAAAUUUGUAUUACUAUAAUUUACAGAAAAAUAAAUUCAAGUAUUUUUAUCAAUUAAAAAUUAAAGCAUUCAUCAUCAAUUAAUUAUGGUAUAAUUAUUACAAUGUUAAAAAAAAUAAAGAUGUUGUAUUUUAAGUUUUGCAAUAAAUGUUAUGUUUUCAUAUUAUUUAUUAACAAAAAAAAAAAAAAUGUAAUAAUUGGUAUAGCUUAGUAAGUGUAGCUCACUUCUAAAUAAAAAGUUCAGAAUUUAAAAUAAAACUUUCUCACUUUUAGCUGAAAACUAUUGCAAUUGAGUAUAGAUUUCAUGCUAUAGUGAGUAUAUAAUAUAUUGCAUAAGACUUUUAUUGUUUGCUUGUUAAAGUUUACAGUACAAUAUACAUAACAAAUCUUGUAGAUUCUGUAUAAAUAAAUAUACAUAAAAGGCAGAACUACGACAUUUCGCUCCCAAGUGCAAGUAUUUUUUUCCUUUAAAAUACAAACAAUAACUUUAUACAAUAAACAUUUAUAAGAAUAUAUAAUAUAUAUAUACUAUUAAAUAAUGAACGAAUUAUUUUUUUUUUCAAAAUAAUUUUAAUAUUAAAAUUCUUUAAUAACGGAUAAAGUAAUAAUUCAAAUAAUAAUAUUACUGAUAAAUAUCUUUAUAAUAUAAAAAAAAGUAUUUUAAAUGUUAUUCAUUGUCUUAGAAUCGCCAUGUCAUCUAAAUAAUAUUAAAAAUUAAUUGAAAAAAGAAUAACAAAUAAAUGUUCAAUAAUGAAUAUUGUUAGUGGAUACUCCUCUGCUGUACAUCAGGUGUCGAGUAGGUAAUUAUUAUAGGUGUACUUAAUUUGAGUUAAAUAAUGUAUUAUAAUAUCAUUGUAUACGAAAAAUGAUUCUGAGAGUAAACGGUCUGUCAGCUUUUAUUACUAAGUUUAUUUCAUUAUAUGCUUUUUUGAUAUAGGUAUUAAAGUAACUUAUUUUAUUUAUAACAUUUAAGUAGGUUGAUAAAGUUUUUUCAGAAAAUAUUGCAUUUAUUAUAUUCUUAGUAUUAAAAUAUUGUAACAAUAUAUAUAAUAGUAUUAUA